ACGCAACCAGUUCAGCGAGCCGAUCACUGAAAGAGAAAAGAAAUGCCAUGUGCAUUCCAAUAAAGGUUUCCACUGACUGAACGUGCAGGCGCACGCUGUAGCUGCACAUAUCAUAUCCACACCAGGUCUGAAGGCAGAGAAAUGUUGUUUAAUCUGGUUGAUUCCACGAAGAAGAACACAGCCACAAAUGGGUGGUGCCUCUGCUUCCUUCUUCUACCUCUUGUUGUCCCUCCUCUGGGUUCAGGAUGCGGCCGCGACUGGUCUUGGCUCCACAAGAAGUGAUUUCCCACAGGAGUUCGUCUUUGGAGCUGGAACCUCAGCAUACCAAUAUGAGGGCGCUGUUGCUGAGGAUGGCAGGAGCCCGAGCAGUUGGGACACUUUCACCCACGCAGGCAAAAUGCCAUACAAAAGCACGGGUGAUGUUGCUGCAGAUGGGUACCACAAAUACAUGAAGGAUGUCAAGCGCAUGUAUGAGACAGGCCUAGAGGCCUAUAGGUUUUCCAUCUCCUGGUCAAGGCUCAUUCCAAAUGGACGCGGAGCUGUCAAUCCCAAAGGGCUACAAUACUACAAUAACCUCAUUGAUGAGCUAGUGAAUCAUGGAAUUCAAGUCCACAUCACACUUCACCAUCUAGAUCUCCCCCAGAUUCUUGAAGACGAGUAUGGUGGAUGGUUAAGUCCCAGAAUCAUCGAAGAUUUCACAGCAUAUGCAGAUGUUUGCUUCGGGGAGUUUGGAGAUAGAGUUGCAUCUUGGACGACGGUGAAUGAGCCAAACAUUGGCAUAUUGGCCUCUUAUGAUGUUGGUACAUUCCCUCCUGGCCGUUGCUCAGAUCCAUUUGGAGCGACAAAGUGCACCGCCGGGGACUCUACUGUGGAACCAUACAUAGCAGCUCAUAAUACCCUUAUGGCUCAUGCAUCGGCUGUCAGUCUGUACAGAAAGAAAUAUCAAGCCAUGCAAAAAGGAGUUGUUGGCAUAAGUAUCUACUCUUUCUGGAGUUAUCCAUUGACAAAUUCCACUGUGGAUUUAGCUGCAACCCGGAGAUGCAAAGAUUUCUUCUUCGGCUGGAUACUAGAUCCAUUGGUGUUUGGGGACUACCCAGAAGUAAUGAAGAAGAUUGUUGGCUCUCGCCUUCCACCCUUCACGGAAGUUCAGUCUGAACUUAUCAAGGGUUCUUUAGAUUUUAUUGGAAUAAAUCACUACUACUCUCUCUACGUGAAUGAUCGCCCUCUAGAAACAGGCGUUCGAGACUACAGCGCAGACAUGUCAGUUAUUUUCAGGGGUUCUAGGACAGACCCACCAUCUGGUCAGGGCCCCCCAACAAGUGUUCCAAGUGAUCCCAAAGGGCUGCAACUUCAACUGGAGUACCUGAAAGAAACCUACGGGAGCCUUCCGGUCUAUGUCCAAGAGAAUGGUGUGGGAUCUGCCGAUGACAGCCUAGACGACACCGAUAGGGUCGGUUUCCUGGGCAGCUACAUGGAAAGCACAUUAAACGCGAUGAGGAACGGAGCCGACGUGAGAGGCUACUUUGCCUGGGCAUUCAUGGACCUGUUCGAGCUCCUGGCCGGGUACCAGUCGAGGUACGGGCUGCACCGCGUCGACUUCGCCGACGAGAGGCGGCCGCGGCAGGCCAGGCUCUCGGCUCGCUGGUACUCCAGCUUCCUCAAGCGCAACGGAACCACUGCACUCGUUUCUACGACGGCGGAGAAGCAGGAGCUGAGGGCCGUGUCCUGAAUUGCUAAUCUGGAGCAACCGUGCCUGCCUCCCUGCCUGCUGCGGGACUGGGAGAGAUGAGGCGCGCGCUUGCCCGUAUGCCUGUACAGAUUCCGGUCAGAAUGUCUGCUUCUUGUGUGAGCUAUCGAAGAAAGGAACCCUCGAAUUGUAUUUUUGCAUUUUCCUCCUCACCGGCGUAACCCGGUCUCCGGUCGCCGGGACAGUUUCUCCUGUAGAAGGUAGCCUGGCGUAUGAUAGUACUCCCUCCAUCCUUUUUAGUCUGCAUAUUUUUUUGUCUGAAGUCAAAGUAUAUUUAAUUUGACAAACUUAUACAAAUAAGUACCGACAUUCAUAAAACCAAAU